UGUCGUGGCGACCGUGUCUAGCAACCUGGGCAGGUCAGCGAGUGUGUAGGUCACGUGAUUAACCGGGUGUAGACUCGUGUUCUGUCUGUGUUCACGUCGGCAACACGGCACUGCCCAACACACGGAGUUACGGCAAUGUGUUUGGCCGGUUGAUUGUUGCCUCUUUCCGACAGGAGAAGAUAAUUCUGGAUAAUUAAGAGGUCAAGGUCAGAAUUCCGUCCAGCAACCGGUCCCACAGCUCACCGGGUCAACAGACAAGAUGGAGGCCAUCGUAGCCGCUGUCAACAUCCGGUUUAACUUGACACCCAGCAACAUCGUCAAUGGGGACCCCCGUGUGUCCGAGUGGUUCCUGAUGAACAACCUUGCCAGCGUGCUGACCAUUAUCCUGCUGUACCUGCUGAUGGUCAAGCACGGCCCCGCCUUCAUGGAGAAACGUCCGCCCUUCCAGCUCUCCCAGCUCUUGGUCGUCUACAACUUCGCUCUGGUCAUCCUCUCCGCUUACAUUUUCUUUGAGAUGUUUGCUGUUGGUGUGAUACGAGGCUACAACUUGUUCUGUCAGCCAGUGAACUACGAGAACACGGCCAUAGGACUCAGGGAGGCCAGCGUGUCCUGGUGGUAUUUCAUAUCAAAGAUCGUCGAGUUGCUGGACACGGCGUUCUUCAUCCUGCGCAAGAAAAACGGUCAGGUGACGUUUCUCCACGUCUACCAUCACAGCACCAUGACCGUCCUGUGCUGGUACGCUGCCAAGUACGUCCCUGGGGGCGAAAAGUUUUAUAACGGCGGGUUCAACAGUCUGAUCCAUGUUUUCAUGUACACCUACUACGGUCUGGCAGCUAUGGGGCCACAAGUCCAGAAAUAUUUGUGGUGGAAGCGGUACCUGACGGAGUUUCAGCUGGUGCAGUUUCUCGGCGUCAACGCGCGGUCAAUUUUCUCGUUUUUCUCUGGCCCCUGCGAGUACCCCACGUGGAUUAACGUGGUGGCUCUCCUCUACUCCUCCUCCCUCCUGCUCCUCUUCCUCAACUUUUAUUUAAAAACCUACAAAUCAAAAGCAUCCAAGAGCAAUUGACAGCCUCAUUUUAAUUACCUACCUAGUUGCCGCGGUGUUGCUGAUAAAACCAUUGCUCAAAUGAUUGCCUUGUAAAGGGAAGUAACUAGUAAAUUGUUAAUACAGAAGUAGUUUCAUACAUAGUUACUGCACUUUGUAAAUUACAAUUUGUGAUUUUUAAAUUUUUCAAUCGCAUUCUAAUUAAUUAUUUAAUUAAUGCAUUUUUUAAUAGACUUUUUCUUAAAAUAUAGCUUUCUGUUUAUUUUAUAAUAAUCUGAAAAUGUCCAAAUAGAAGUAGUUGUAGAUCUGAAGCCAAUUAUGGUGGACAGUGCACCAUGUAAAACAUUUCGUUUAGCCCAUGGGUCAGCUCUGUUGUUGUCCAUGGGUCAGCUCUGUUGUUGUCCAUGGGUCAGCCC